AUGGUAAGCGUUGAGUUAUUUGCUGUCGAAAACGGAGUUCACGUCGUUUUCAAAAGAGAAAUCCUCUCCAAAGGUACUGAUUUCUGCGGUUUGGACAAUACUAUUACUGAAGAACAAUUAAUGGAAGACGACUCUGCGAUUUUCGAAGACGUUUUUGUCACGGGACAACGCUUACAGCAGAUGAGCGAUCUCGUGGUUGAGCUAGCUGUUUUUGUUGACGAGACAUUAUGGAGGCACUUCAGCAGCAAGUAUGGCGGUCAGGCACACACUAAACUUCAAGACUACAUGCUCACAUUACUAAAUAACAUCCAAAUCAUGUACUACCAACCGUCAGCAUCACCGCCACUGACAUUCAGAGUGAUUCGAUAUGAAGUGCUCACAAAUCAACCAAGUUCGAUUGCCGGGAGUGCUCAUAAUCACGGUAAUGCUCAAAUGUACCUCGACCGUUUCUGCCGUUUCCAGCGCAAUCUUGGCACUCGCGACUGGGAUCAUGCCAUUAUGCUGACAGGGUACGUUCUAUACUUAUGA